AUGCUCACGUCGAUCCGUCUCAUCGUUGCACCAUACCAUGCGGGCAUACCAGACCUUCGUGUGGGCGGGGGGCCUAGGCAUCUUCUUGCACAUGGCCUUGUAUCGAAGCUCGAGCGCUUUGCCCCAGUUAACUUCAGCAACAUCGCUCCGGUAGAUGAAUUCGAGGGCGACAUCGGCAAGACUUUUGAGGUCAUGCGUCGCAUCUCCAGAGCAGUGUCCGUCGCGUCUUCGGAAAACGCAUUUCCCAUCAUCCUAUCAGGAAAUUGUAACGCAACAGCGGCAGCCGUCGCUGGCCUCAACGAUGCAAAUCCGGCCAAUGACCUCUCUGUUCUCUGGUUCGACGCUCACGAUGAUUUGGAUACACCAGAGAUCCAUACGAGCGGCUACUUGGACGGCAUGGCCGCGUCUAUGAUGUGCGGCACAAGUUGGCAAGCUUUAUCUCAGACGAUGCCUGGACACCAGCCUCUUCCUUUAGAACGGGUAUCGUUCAUUGGCGUUCGACAUAUUUCCGACAGUAAGAAAGAUUAUAUGAAGAAGUCCAACUUGAGAACCAUUUGGGGAAAUGCAAGUAGCAGAGUUGAUUACAGGGGUGAAGUUGAGAAGCUGCUCGCCGAAAGCCAUGACAGCCGGGUGCCGUGUCACAUACACUUAGACGCGGAUGUGCUGGACGACUCCCUUGGACGUGCAAACGAGUGGCCUUCUCCUGGAGGGAUCAUGGCGGAUGAGCUGUAUGCGAUCAUGGAGACAAUUCCCUUCAGAGUUAUGCCUACUUCAUUGACCGUGUGUUCGUACGACCCUCGGUUGGAGGGAGGAGACACUGUUGCGCGUCUCCUCGUACAAGCCAUCGAAGUGGUCGUUCGAGGUGUCAAUUUCACCUGGAGCAGGGCCGAGGACGAGCAGCUGAUGCACAUCACCACCGCCGCUGAUACCAGCACGGUUGGAUAA